UUAAGAGUUCAUUAAAAAUAAGUUUUAAACUUCUCUGAAUCUCUGGUAUUUCAAAUUGUAAACAUUACAAUAUAGUAAUGUGUAAUCAAUAAAACAAAAUGUAUUAUAAGGUAGAUGUUUAAAAUGAUUACUUUUAUAUAGAUAUCUAUUGUGUUGUAUGUUUCCAUGAAGUAGUUAACUACAUAUUGAACCGGCUAUACGAAAAUAUGCUACAAAAAGUUUUCGGUAUCUAAAUGGUCACCAAUAUGGACUACGAUUAUCUAAUAAAACUUCUGUGCGUCGGAGAUUCCGGAGUUGGAAAGACGAGUUUUUUAUAUAAAUACACUGACGGAGUUUUUCACACACAGUUUAUUUCAACAGUUGGGAUUGAUUUCAGAGAAAAAACUGUGAUAUAUCAGCAGAAUACAAGACAACACCGUGUACAUUUACAACUAUGGGACACUGCAGGACAAGAAAGAUUCCGAAGCUUGACAACAGCUUUUUAUCGUGAUGCAAUGGGAUUUUUGCUGCUCUUUGAUUUGACGAAUGAAGCCUCAUUCUUGGAAGUACGGAAUUGGAUAGAACAGUUAAAGACACAUAGUCUCAGUGAUGAUCCAGACAUUGUACUAUGUGGUCAUAAAUGUGACCUGCAAGAGAAACGCUUAGUAAAUCAAAAUCGUGCCAGAGAAUUUGCCAAAAAUUACAAUUUGCCAUACUUGGAAACUAGUGCCAAAACUGGUCAGAAUAUUGACCGUGCUAUUGAGAUUCUUCUUGACAAAAUUAUGUACAGAAUGGAAACAUCAGUGGAAUACGCAAUGCUUUGCGCUUCAGGGCGACGCCGUCAGUCGCUUCAAAGACUCCAAGCGAAGCAGGACAGAAAACUAUGUUCCUGCUAGAACAGUGUCAACUGUGAUUUUGAUACAUCCCUUUUUACAUUUGAAUUAACUUCAAAAAUUUUUGAUCUGAAAUUGUCUCUAUGAAUAUCUUGUAUUUAUCUAUUAAGAGAACUAAUGCCACAAGAGCUGAACUGCUUUGAGACUGAUUUUUAUUUAUAUAAGUCAUUGAAACAUUCCAUUUCGUCACAUUAAUGAAUAAAUUGAGAUUAAUUGCCAAAUAAUAUUGAUUUCAGAUUUCCUAUUUCAUUAAAUUUUUUAUAUUUUAUUGUUGUGUUAAUUUGGAACUAAAUGCCUACUUUUGUAAGUGUGUUCUUUGAAAGUGCAGGGUAAAUUGUUCUAGUUACUUAAAAAGAUAUAACUAUUGUUUGUUUCACCUUGUAUAAUGUAAUGUGUAAUAUAAUUUCUUGCCAUGCACUUGAGUUUUUAAUAUGCACAAAUUUAUUAUAUUAGAAUAGUACUUGCAUUUAUAUAAUAUUUAAGAAGUUGAAUUUUAUGAAAAUAUAAUUUCCGUUUACAACAGAUUAUAAAGAAUUCUUGAUAUUUGUAAAUUUUCAUUCGAAUAAUACAAAAACCAUAUCAUGAGUCUUAUACAUGUUACCAUAAUUAUUUAAAUUAAUAUUAUUAAUAAUUAAAUUGUUAGUUAUACACGUGAAUAUUUAUUAUGUAAUAUUUAUAGUUGUAUGAAAUUUAUAAAAUUAUAUACAAAGCGUACAGCUUUUAUCAAGAUUUAUCUAUCGUAUAAUAUUUGUCUUAAUAUUAUAUUAUACAAAUGUUCAAAUAAACAUUUAGAAUUUUAUGAAAUUUCAAUUUUUGAAGAAUUGUAACUUAGUAUCUAUUUUUACAUGACACAGGAUAUUGACAGUUUGAUGAAUGUCUACUGUGAUUGGACUUGGCCAUUCGUCUACCUCCUGAACUACAUUUAAUGACAAUUUUUUAUUCAAUAUACAGAGUUAAGAUCGUCGUAUAAUUAUCGUCAUGCUUUUUCCCUCAUCUCAUUUAUUAAGGUUAUAUAUGUAUAACCUUUUAAACCCCUUUUAUAUAUACUUUUUUAUAUAUUUUUAUAGUCACACGCUAAGGUGUGUACCUUAGCGUGUGACUAUAUGAUAAGGAAUUGGCAGAAUUACGUCAGGUAAUCUGCCUAUCGCCAACUCUCCUUGCUUUAAAUGAUGAAUUAGCCCCUCAACAUAAGCAUGGAGAUGGAUUUAAGUUGACUCUUACGACAUCCAUAACAUGUGACAAGGUUGGCUUUCUUCAUUCUGCUAUUCCCACACAGUAUUAUAAAUUAUGCCAUCCAUCCAGUGAUUACUGGUUGAUGCAAACACAGAUAGGUGUUUUUUUUAAGUGGUUUCACAUGUACUGAUUUUAUGGGAGAAUUAUAUUUGACAAAUUAAACUAAAUUAAAUAGUACAUAAAUUUCAAAACUUAUAUAUUUUAAGGAGUAAAUUAGGUAAAUACAUAAAUGUUAAAAUAAAAUAUUUUUAAUUUUUUACACCAACCACACCAUGAUUAGAAUAAAAAAAAAUCUAUUAGGAUUUCCGACAAGAAUUCUACAUAAAUGUUUGUUUUUAUAUACUUUAAUCAUCCCCUUACUAGCCCUUAAGUAGAUUCAUGCCAGGUUCUCGACGUAUUUCGUUUCAAUACCAUUUUAAAGCCACUUAGAGUCUUACCAAUAAAUAAAUUGAUAUGACCCACGCUAUGGCAGUACCUGGCUGUACUUGUUGAUCUUAAAAUGUCUACAAAAUAUUCCUCUUUGUUUUAUUAGUAAUGUGGUCCCUUAGAGCUACACCUGUUUCCCUUCUUCCCCAAGCAGUCCAAGCAGCGUUGCAUAAAUAACGGUCUGGUGUAUAGAUCAACCAAACUUAACUGUAUACGUAUCUUAAUAUUUAUGUGAAUGUUUAUUUAAAGUUUUAAAACCAAGAUUUAUAUAAGUAUAACAUAAAUCUGUUUCUAAAUUAAUAAAUGAACUCCGAUUAACUAAAAAUAAUUGAGAUUUUAUGUAUGUUAAGAAUUUAAAAUACAAUAAUUUUAAUAAAUUCUACAAAAAUUGAAAGAGAAUUAAAAUUAUGCUUUGAUUUUCG